GCUAUUGUUCGCGAACGUUGGGUGCCUGGGGCGCGGUGAUUCACCUGCGGCGGAUAGCGCGCGCUCUCAAGCCGAAUCUCGUCCAAUUGAAAAACAGCGCCGAGACCUAACUUCCGGGCAGAGUGGCCACGCCACACACGUAAGCCUGGUGUAGGUAAUCACUAUGAAACAUGCGCGAAAUGCUAUCGACGGGACUUUUUGUGCGUUUGUGCUGUGAAGGUUUUUUGGACUACGGUUCGUGGAGAAGUUGAAAGGAGUUUGCGGCACGGAAGCUUUAGCCGGUCUGAGUGGCCCUUUUCCAGGGAACAUUCCCUGACACCCGCAGGACAGCCGCGGAUCUUUGCGCGGUUUGGCUUCACAAAGGCGAUCCCGUGGGAAAAUCUGAGUCUCCUUGUCAAGAUGCGAAAAGAAAAAGGAGCCUUUUGUCUUUUCGUUUUGUUCAUGGCACUUGCUGUGCUGUGUGAGAGCAGGGUGGUGAAAGUGCCUGCUGGUCCACUGGUGCGUGUCGAGGGCCAGUCUGUGUCGAUCCGCUGUGAUGUCUCAGACUAUGAGGGGCCGCCUGAGCAGGAUUUUGAUUGGAACCUGAUUCCGGAUGGAGAAACCAGUGUCCCGCUCAUCUCCACUUUCGAGCCGUUGUACACAGACCCAUCGAUGAUGGACCGGAUCAGAAGUGGUGAUAUCAGCGUUAAGAAACUGGCAGAUGACGCAGCAGAGCUGACUAUAAGAAAGGUCAGGGCCUCGGACAGCACCAUCUAUCGAUGCAGCACACCCAGCACUGAUUCGUCUGUCAAAGGGAACUACUAUGCAGAUGUAGAACUUAAAGUUAUUGGUGACUCUCUAAAAGUGGCUCCAGCCAUUUCUCAGCCAACAGUCUCAGAAGGCGAGUCAGUGAAGCUGCUGUGCAACAUCAGUCGGGCCUACACAGCACACACUUCCCUGUCUGUCACUUGGUCCGUUAGAAAAGGGGCUACCUCUUUGGAAGAGCUCUUGACAUUUGGACCAGACGGGAUGAACGUGGGACAAGCCUUUGCCCAGCGUUAUGCAGAUGGUGAACUUACCUUGGUACUCCCUGGCGGUGGCAGUUAUGGCUUGAUCAUGAAGGGGGUGAAACCAGAGGAUAAGGGUGUGUAUGUAUGCACAGGCAGAGAGUGGACGAGGCAGCCUGGAGGAGGGAAGGGCUGGCAGAAUAUUCUAGAAAGGAGUGAAGAAAUGGGGAAUGUUUCAGUCACACCCUUAGCCCAGUCUCUGGUGGUUUCUCUGGAGAAGAAUGUUACACUCAAUGUGGACGACACUCUGAAUCUGACCUGCUCAGUAGCUGCUAAUGGCCUGCUUUCUCUGGGAAUGGAGGUGGUAUGGCUGGUCAAGGGACUUAGCGGCUCUGACAAUCAGCAAGUGCUGCUCCAUGUUGGACGUGAUGGCCAAGUGCUGACUGGCUCCGAGCUGGUGGGCAUGAGCAGGGUUCAGCCAGGCACCUUCAGGCUUCUCCUCCCUAAAGUGCAGCCCUCAGACUCCGGCCUGUACUCAUGCCAGGUGAAGUGCUGGUUGCCACAGGGUAGUGGAGGAUGGUAUCAGGCUGCUGAGAAGACCUCUGAUUCUAUCCAAGUUCGGGUGACACAGCUUGAACCAGAUUUUAAGGUUGGUCUCACAGCCCCUCGUAUCCCUCAGUUCACUGAUGACCCCACCGAACUGCUGUGUGAGGUGACCAAUCUACUGAACAUACAGGAUGGUCGUCUGAGUGUGACCUGGUCCUAUGCCAACGUUCCAGAAGACACAUCUCGGCCCAUAACGACCAUCGCUUCCAUAGAUCAUCAUGGUGUACUGGUACCAGGAGAUUUGUAUCGACAGCGGCUGGGUAAUGGAAAUAUAGCAGUGACUCGCAGUGGUCUGAGCACAUUCAGGCUGCAACUGCUACAUACUCAGGACAAGGACAUGGGCUUUUACUCCUGCAGUGUCGCUGCCUGGACCCGUGGCCACCAGGGAGAAUGGAACAAGGCCAAAGAGCUUAAGUCCAUUCCUGUUGAAGUACAGUGGUCCUCUAAGACACCAGUGCUUAGUGUGGCAGCUAAACAAGUAAGAGGGGCCUCGACAGGCGGCUCUACGUUUGAGAUGAGCUGCCAGGUGACUGGCCAGAACAUACAAAAUCCCGGCUAUUCAGUGCUCAUCCGCUUUGAAGAUACGGCAGGUGGAAAGUCACGUAAAGUUCUGUCUCUGAGUGCAGACUCCAUACUGCACCUGGAGGAAGGAAUGGUGCCCAGCCGUGCUGAUAGUGUGACUCUAGAGAAGAUGGGCCCAUUAGAGUACCACUUCCGUCUGCAUGGAGCUCAAGUCUCUGACCGAGGCUUCUACUACUGUGAUGUGACAGCUUGGACACGUGAUCAGAGCAACACAUGGAACAGUGGAGUCAGUGCUGAAUCAAAUAAAAUACAGCUUGACUUUGCUGACACAGGUCCAGUAUUCAAUGUGUCCAUUUACUCAGACAGCAGUCAGGUUACGCCUGGGGACACAGUCAAAAUGGAGUGCAUUAUGUCUGUACAGGGGGCUACAUCCAACACAGGUGAGGUGGCGUAUGAUGUUCAGUGGUUCCAGAGUCCAGCACAGACGAUGGAGAAUGGUGCUGUGCCCCUGAUCAGCAUGGACCACUGGGGAGUGGUAAAGAAGAGCGGAGGAAAUGAGAGCACACUGUGUAGUAUAGAGCGUACAGACAGGGACACAUUUGUGCUCCGUGUUUACCACGUUCAAGACAGGGACAUGGGCGAGUACUACUGCACUGCCAAACUCUGGCAUUUCUCUCCUGACACUCGACUUUGGAGUGAGGGGCAGAAACUCACCUCUGCCCCAGUCUUUCUCUCCAUCAGCCUAGCAUUGUGGGACUCCAUGAAGAACCCAGUGUUGUAUGGCCUUGGAGCAGCUCUAGUUGCUGCCCUACUGUCCAUUGUUCUUGGACUCAUCACUUCCCGCUGCUGCUUCUCCAGAAACCCGAUGCACACACCACGCAGCAAGCUCAUGGACCUGGAGAUGGACUGAGCCAUGUGACCCAAACCAGUCCUCUUCCUCCUGCUAAUGUGACCUCAUUUUACUUUAACCCACUUCAAGUUAGCAUGGCUGCUAAUGUCCUUAUAAAUUGUAUUGAGCCACAAGUAUUCAGAUAUGUGUGAGUGCACUGUUUCAAGGGAGAAAAGAGGAACCUUUACUACUUACGUGCACUCAGGAGGAUGUGGUUGCUCAAGUGAGAUGCACUUGCCAUGUCUCAGGAUUAACUUUCUGAUGGUGGCCCCAUCCACCUUAAUGACUGUUCUCAGAACUUGUCCUGGGUUUCAGUGUUUUUGGAAGCACUUCAUCAGGAAUAAUGUUUUGCACUCCCUACAGGCAUAGAACUGCAUUGUGAUGCAGUUAUCAAAGCUAUAUAAUGAGGAGCAGAUUUUUAUUCCUGUAUGAAGGACUCUUGUGAAAGAGCUGCGGAAGCACAAGACACAUGGAACAAGUAGGGAAGCAUAUUCUAGAGUCUGCUUUCAUUCUUCCUUCAUUGCCCCAGUCCAACUCCAGAUUCAGCCCGUCACUUCACGACAUCAGCCAUGCAUGUCCUGCAUCUAACAAGCCUGCCUGUCAGUCAUAGCAGUGCCCUGCUGUUCAGCAGAGUGUUAUUCAGGAGUCCAGCUGACCGUCACUAAUAGCCGGGGGCAUGGUUUCCUGAUCUGCUCCCACAAGGCACCCCUCACUCUUGUGCACACACUUCUAUCUAUUAGGGUGUGCUUGGCUACAAGCUAAAGCCCACUGUCCUAAUGGCUAUCAUUAGUAGAGCUGGGCACUUUGUGGGAGAAAGUGUGCCCUGCUAGCGUACAUCACACUGGCUAUGCAAAAGCCCUAAUAAAUGAACUUCCGCUUUAUGCUCACAAAUGCUCCCUUCCUUCACAUAAUUCACACACACUCAUGCAGUCACAUUCUAAUUUUAAAAUGCAUUAAUUUUUUUCCCCAGAAAAUAUAACAGCUGCACUGUCAUUGCCCUCAAACUGCACUCAGCUGCUCUCUUGUCCAUUUCAAGCUCUGUCUCCUUUGAAAACAGCAGCUGUUGGCCUGCAGUCCUCCAUUAUGUGACUGAGAAACCAUCUACAGUGUGAGCUUUACUGUACUGAUUUAAAGUAAGAUUAUGUACUUGUUGAUAAAGAGUUCUUUAGGAUGAAGCUGACCCAGAACACACAAACAUUCUGCACUAUGUUGCUGCAUGGUGGGACUUUUAAUCACUUUUAGGAUUGUUGUUUUAUUGCUGUUUUAAGUAGUAUUUUGGGGGCGUUUAACAUUUAAAAAUGGAUGCUCAACCGAGCACAGCUUUGUUCUUUCCUGUCUUUUGAUUAAAUGUCUUUGAACAAUGAUUAAUACAUAAAACAGGAAAUAAUUCCUCCAAAAAUUGAUACCAUAAUAAAGUUUUUUUUAAUAACCACAA